ACUCUGAGCCCAGAGAUCCCAACUGGGUCAGGGACACGGAGACAGGAGGACAGUUUCAGGAUCGGAGAGGAGACGGACGCACCGAGGAGUUCUGGAACAUUUCUGACUGGAGGACAGCUGGAAGGAGCAGACAAAUGUGUGAAGACUGAUGGACUCUAACCUGAACAACAACAACCAGGGCAGCCACCACUGCUUAACGCAUAAAAAGAGAAGGAUGUGGAGCUUCUUCCUGCUGUUGGGUCUUCUCUGCUCCAGCUGUCACGGUUCUGUGACCUGCAAAAACGACACAGAUCAUGAAGUAGACUGGUACAUUUUAUACAAGGUGCCCAGAAUGGACUCCCUCUCUGGCUCGGAGUAUAUUUACAUCGAUUCAAACGGAAAGAAACAGUUCAACAACAUCAACAGCCCUCUAGGUGUUCUUGGACAAACGCUUCGACCUCUCUUCAGACCAAUCAGGAACAUGGAGGAAAGCUUUGGAUUCAUCAGCUACAGCGACCAGCCUCCAGGAAGCAAUGCAGACAACAAGCGCUUCGGCCACAGUAAAGGAGUUCUGAUGGCCGACAGAACCGGUACCGGGCUCUGGCUCUCUCACAGCACCCCGCAGUUCCCCUUCAGAAGAGACCAGAACCACUUCUGGCCCCACAGUGGAAAUAAAAACGCUCAGACCUUCAUCUGUGUGACCUUUAACUACGACCAGUUCCGGGAAAUAGGAAGACAUCUGCAGAACAUCAGAGCUUUUCCAUUCGAACAUUACGUUCCAGAAAACUUUCAUCAGGAGCUCCAGCAAGUUGUGAAAUGGACCGAAGAAGCUCCGCCUGCCAGUAGCGUCGUGAAUGUUGCUUCACUGACAUCAAGAGGAAACAAAGCAUUUAAAUCCUUUGCUAAAAAAACCUCAGAGGAGGAAGAUGAGGGAGAUCUGUACGUGAGCAUCGCCUCCGGCAUCAUGAGCGACGUGUACGUCCAGACGUGGGGGUGCCAGCGGGGACGCUCAGACUCCUACUGCCCCACCAAGGGCUACAAGGUCACCAACGUGGAAGACGUCACCGUGGAAGACGCCACCGGCGCUCAUAUCCUGACCUGGAAGCCCAAAGUGGACCAUUCCAAGUGGUGCGUAGCUGUGGACCAGAACACACACUGGACCUGCAUCGCUGACAUGAACCGGGCCGUGUCUCAGUACCAACGCCACGGCGGCGCGCUCUGCAUCCAUGAUGAGAACGUCCACAGCCAGUUCCUGAGAUUCGCCAAGCAUCCCAACACCUGCCGCAAACGCCCCGCCCCUUCAUGGUCCUCUGACUGUGAUUCAGAGGAUAGUGGAGGCCGGAUCUCCUCCUCCUCCUCCAUGGGUUAGAGCAGAACCUGCAGCUCGCCUCUCAUUCAGGCUGCUGCAGGUCAGCGAGCAGAAAGUCGCUGCAGAUGAAAUAAUCAGCUGUUGGUGCAGGAAACAAUAAAAGCAGCGGCUCUGUUGUCUCUGAGGUCACUGAUGGAAAGAUUA